AUGUCCAGCCCGCGCGCGAUGCUUCACGAAGUUGAGGCGACUCUCGCCGAGCAGGGGAAGGAGAAGUCCUGCGGGCUCAGCUCGGCCCCCACGCGAUGCCCAACGGCGGAGAUUCCUUCUUUCGUUGACGACUGGGACUCCGCUGCGAACGAGGAGAGCUGGGGCGCCACCGCGCUGCCGAGGGCCGGUGACGAGCCGGAACUCGAGACGGCGCUCCCCGAGGCGGUGCUCUCAGGGGGCUGGCGCCCCCAGGGGUCUGCGGUGCCAGCGCCGCGGAAUGCCCCCGUCAUGCGCCUCCGCUCUGAAGCGUACUGGGAGCAGAAGGCCGCCGCCGCCGCCCAGCAGCCGACAUGCUCGCCCUGGGAGGUGGGCGUGAGGCGGCGACGCCCGUGCCUUGACGAGGAGGGCUGCCUCGGGCCAGCGGCGACCGUGACGCCGGCAGCAGACGGCGCCAGGGCGGCGGCGGCCACGACGCCAGCAGCGGGAGGCGCCAAUGGCGGCGCAGGCGCCGCCGGCGGCCCCAAGAGCUGGGCAGGCGCCAUCGCCAGGGAGCUGCGCCGUUCGGCGCGCGGGCCCGUGGCGCCGCCGGCCCCGCCGCCUGGGCCGCCCCCCGCCCAGCCGCCGGGGGCCGCUCGGAGGUUGCGUGGCCAGUCGCACCACCCGGCCGGGAGUCGAUAG